AUGUUUUCAAAUCCCAUUUAUAACCUUCCGUCACAAUUUAACGAAAAUUUACUUUCACAAAACUUAUCUGGACUGUCUUUAAAUCGUAAUCCAUCGCACCAAGACCAGUCAUCUCCCGAACAGCAACAACAACAACAACAACAACCAUCAGCGCAACAGCAGCAGGAACCAUCCCAACAAGACCUUCUACAAGACAAUCUUGACUUCGAUCCCGUAGAAUUCGCCCAACAACAACAACAAUUAACAAACGAUAUCGAAGGAUUUGUUCCGACAACCUUUGAUGACACCAACAUCAAAUGGGCAUCACCCGAAGAUAUUAAUAUAUCCUACCAACGCGGUUCGCCAUUCGUGCGGCAAUAUAACAACACUAUGAUCGAUGAUUAUUAUAAAAAAUUUGUUCGUCCAAUUACUGAGUAUGUCUCAAUCCCAACAACGGGUCAACCAACAUAUGUUUAUCAAAAUCUCAGUGGUCAAGAAGCAACUAAUGAAACCUUGUCAACCGAACCAGUCAUGCCUGAAGGUGCUUUGCCAGGCGAUGCGACAGCGUUGUUACUUACAACUCUUUCUCAAACAAAUUUAGCUGGAGUGGAAGAAAAAAAACAUAAAAAGAAACAUAAGAAACGGUCUUCAAAACAUGCCCAUCAUGAUACAGAAAAACAUAUCGAUCCUGAAAAGCUCCUGAACGAAAGUAAACCUGAAAUACUCGAUGGUUUCGAUCUUGCACCACCAUUACCAAUACCUCCCAAUGAUAGUCUCGAUGCUUCGUAUCAGCAACAACAGCAAGUUGCAACUAAUCCCCUCUUGAAUAAAUUAGGUGGAACUGGUCCUCAAGUGCCGAUGAGAAACGAGUCGAAUCCAGUGGUAUAUUUCGAUAUAGAAGUCGAUGGUGAAGCACGCGGUCGACUUAUAAUGGAGCUCUUUAGUCAUGUUUUACCACGUACAGCGCAAAAUUUUCUUUCUCUGUGUUUAAACGAACAUGGUUUUGGUUAUCGAUUGUCCUAUUUUCAUCGAAUCAUUCCCGAUUUCAUGGCACAAGGCGGUGAUUUUGAAAAAUCGAAUGGCACUGGUGGUUAUUCAAUCUAUGGUGAAAAGUUUGAAGAUGAAGGUUUCCCUUAUCCACACGAUCGUAUUGGUCUUUUAUCCAUGGCAAAUAGUGGUCCAAAUACAAAUGGAAGUCAAUUUUUUAUUACUUUUGUUCCAUGUCCACAUUUAGAUAAUAAACAUGUUGUAUUCGGGCAAGUUUUACAAGGUUUUCAUAUUCUUAAAGAUCUCGAAAUGAGUGGAUCGGAAAAUGGUGACGUUUCGCGAGAAGUCAAAAUAGCACAUAGUGAUCAACUUCAAUAA